AUGCUCACAGACGACUCCAUGCGGUUCAUGCUCAACAGAGGUUCAGUGAUUCAAAAACGCACGAUGUCUCCCGUGGCGUGGUUGCUAUGUGCGGCCCUGUACGCCAGCACGUGCGACGCAAUCGGUCUCGUUCGGGGGAUCAAGGACUGCCGGUGCCUGCCCAACAACAUCCUCGACUGCCCGUUCCGAGGUAAGACUGUCCUGCAGGACAACGAGCUGUGCAUUUCGAUGGAGGUGGUCAACCUGCAGCAGAAUAAUUUGCGUACGUUUCCCGAGUCUAUGCCUCCGCGUCUCCGCAUUCUGGACGUCUCCCAGAACGACAUCGCCGCGUCCACACCGGAGUUGCGGCACCUGUGCAAGCUCGAGCAACUGGACGUCAGUUACAAUCGAUUGUCAGACUUCGACUUUUUGCCGGAAAUUUGCUCGCUUGGGUUGCUCAUCGCAACCGACAACCUUAUUUCGACCAUCACGGGCCCGUUGCAGAAUUGUAGCCGAUUAAUUGAGCUUAGGCUCGCCAAGAACAAGAUAGAGUCCGUACCUGAGAAUUACUUUCAAGAAUUAGGAAGUCUGGAGCUACUCGACAUGUCCGGAAAUCCCAGUUUCGUGCUUCAAGGCGGAGAGUUCAAAGGUCUGCGCAAGCUCCAGUACCUGGGUCUGAAAUCCAACGAAAUCUCGGAACUACCGGCAGACAUUUUUUUCGACUUGGUCAACCUAGAGAUCCUCGACUUGCGCUACAACAACAUCAGCAACCUGCCGGCAAAAGUGUUCCGCUCGCUGGAAAAGCUGGAGCAGCUGUACCUGCAGCGGAACAACCUGCGGGAGCUGCCGGCGUCGCUGCUGGAGAGUCAGAAGGCGCUGCGCAAGCUGGUGCUGGACGACAACCAGCUGGAGAGCCUGCCGCGAGACCUGCUGGUGCGGCUGCACCAGCUGGAGGACCUGUCGGUGCGCGGCAACCGCCUCACGGAGGUGCCCGACGCGCUGGGCCGCUACUGGGGCCCUCUUCGCACGGCGCUCUUCAGCGACAACCUCAUCGCCGCGCCGUCCGAGGAGUCCCUGCGCCCGCUGCUGCGCCCCGGCCUGCAGGUACCCGUCGCUCUCAUGCGGCUUGAUUCAAACCUUUUUGCUCCUAAUGCUCGAGGAGAAUACGAGUAG